AUGCAGUCGAAGAUAGCGGAGGUAGGCGACGUAAAGCAAGGAGGCGGUGGAGAAGAGCUGAGAGGGCAGUGGCGAAGGGUGAAGAAGGCGAGGUUUGCUGCAAAAUUCCGUUUUUCAGGUUUCAGAGUGAUCAUGGAUGGUUGGAGAGAUCAAGGUGUUAAUUACAAUCAAGAGGUCACAAGAACAAGGCCAAAUAGCUACAGAAAGCCUCCUCCUCUCGGUGGGAAUCCAAAUUGGCAACAAAGCGUACCUUCAUGGGAGAAAAAGUUUUGCUCUUCAAUUGGCUCAAUUCCAUGGAAAAAACUUGUGGAAACAAAAAGAUUCAUCCAUCUCUAUGACAAUGUAAUCAAAUGGAACGAUUCCGCGGGGAAAGAAGCAUUCCAAUCUGCAAAAAACAAUUUCUACGCAAAUAUACACGGCCUUCCUUGCGACAAUCGGCUACCCGAUCCCGAUAUCUACAUCGACAAUAUCGAUUGGGAUUCCGAAGUUGAUCCGAAUCUGAUUCUAGACCUGGAUUCCGAUUCCGUAGUUCCUGAUUCCGGUUCCAAAGACGAACAAGAACAAGUAGUAAUAUUUGGCUCCAGCUUUCCCCCUUCCUAUCAAAGCUUCUCACCUUACGGAUGGGGGGAUAGCGAUGAUGACAAAAAGAAAUCCCCCAACCCCAAUACAUCUCCGGAAUACAACAUUGAAGGAAACACAAGGGGUGUUGUUGACAAUAAUAAUAGUUGGUGGGGGUGGAGUGAAAAUGUGGACAAAACGAAAGGUGAUCAAGAAGACCAUUGGGGUUGGAAUAUGAAAAUGUAUGAUAAUAACAACUGUUUUUAUGGUGAUGUGAGUAACAAUGGGAACAACAUGUCGAGGUAUAAAACAUCGAGGUUUAUGAAAAAUCAGCCUCGGAGGAGCACCGGAAACGGGAGGCGGCAUGGUGGUUCACAGGCGGCGUAUGGUUGUGCACCGGUGAACCAUGGUGGUGCUCCGGCGGGAGGUGGACAUAGAUGGAGUGUAAAGAAAACGGUUUCUUGA